AUGCGAAGACGUGGACUGCCCGUGGUGUCCAGGUGCUCAUGCUGUCUUCAAGAGGCGGAAUCAGUGCCACAUCUGUUCGUUAAUGGACCAAUAGCAAGUGAGGUUUGGGGACAUUUUGCAAGUAAGUUCGGCAUUCUACACUCCACUCCGGAUGAUAUUCAGCUUGUUUGGAGGAUGUGGGCCACUUCGUUGACUCGCAUCCCUGCUCAUCAUAUUCGGUGUGUCCUACCGUUUGUGAUUACAUGGUUCAUAUGGCGGGGACGAAAUAAGGCACGGUUCGAAGGCCAGGUUUUUUCAGCAAGGGGGGUCAUCGUGGAGGUUGGCAACUUCUUGCACGACCUGGGCAGAGCAAAUAGGCUGGAUAAGGUACAGUUUCGGGGUGACCAGGAUUGCGAGUGGGCACGGUUAGCAUCAGGUACAGCCCGUAAACGGCGACCGGUGGUGGUAACCUGGGCAAUGCCUCCGGCCCGGCAAUACAAGCUAAACACGGAUGCGAGUGUGGUCAACGGGAAGGCUAGUGGAGGAGGAGUGUUACGGGACUCACAUGGUAGAGUUAUCUUUGCAUUCUAUAAGGAGUUUGGGGACAAAGGAGUGCUGCAUGCUGAGGCUUUGGCCGUAUUAGAGGGGCUGUUAAUGUGUGCGAUCAGGGGAUUACGAGGGGUUCUAGUGGAGGUGGACUCGGCGGUGCUUGUGUCCUUAGUUAAAUCAUCGGUACUGGGAGGUUGGUUGUAUUGCAGUGUGCUACGGCAGAUUCGCCGCCUGUUGGAUCAGGUUGCUGUGUCGUUUAGGCACAUAUUCCGGGUAGCAAAUGGGGUUGCAGAUAGGUUAGCUGCUUUGCAAGGUUGUCCGAGUAAGGUUUUUGAUUCACCGCAGCUCCUACCAAGAGAGGUUCGGGGGUGCAUUGCUAUGGACGUCGCUCAAGUCCCGUCUUUUAGAUUAGUGCUUGAAUAG